AAAGUGUUGAGAGAUCUACAAAGUGGAAUUUUUUCCUCCUUUUUUUUUUUUUCCAACUUCUUUUUCUUUUUUUUAACUCUUCUUCUGCAGCCUUUGCAAAUAAUAAUAAUCAUAAUCAUCCAAACUUUUGCAGCAAACUUUUCUUGACAGACCUGGAAGAGGAGGGGGAGGCAAAGAGACCCAAUCAAAACACAAAAAUGUGCUUUCAACCAACCUCUCCAGCCGCCUAGCGCUACCUGCUCUGCAGUAUCUCAUUAUUUGCUGCACUCCUGCCAGGAGCCCCUUCCGCAAAAUAACUUUGCUCCCCACCUGCCCUGCUCGCCAAGCUGUGGAAACCUGUUGGGGGGCCGGCGGGGGAGGGAGGCUUGGGGAUAGUUGCUGCCGGUUUGGGUAGCAGUCACCCCCAGCUCUUUGCUGGCUUAUGCUUUGCCCCUUCCCCCAACCUGUUGCAGCAGCUCUCAGCCUUGCACCCAGGCUGUGCCAACUGGUUCUUUGGAAGCCAAAACAAUAAUCCUUCCCGGGACUUUUUCGGUGCUUCGUUUUUGUGGAGUUUAGAGGGGGAUUGUUCCCCACCCCGCCCUUAAAAACCCAACUUCGCCUCCUCGCUCCCGCCCGCGCCUGGAAGAUGCUCCUGACCCUCUGCCUGCUGGUGGGCAUGUGCCUGGGCUCCUCCCAGGGCCUGGGCUCCUUCGUGCACUGCGAGCCGUGCGACGAGAAAGCCCUGUCCAUGUGCCCGCCCAGCCCGGCGGGCUGCGAGCUGGUGAAGGAGCCGGGCUGCGGCUGCUGCAUGACCUGCGCCCUGGCCGAGGGGCAGCCGUGCGGGGUGUACACCGAGCGCUGCGCCCAGGGGCUGCGCUGCCUGCCCCGCCAGGGCGAGGAGAAGCCGCUGCACGCCCUGCUCCACGGCCGGGGCCUCUGCCUCAACGAGAAGAGCUACCGGGAGCAAGCCAAGCUGGAGCGGGAAUCCCGCGAGCACGAGGAGCCGACCACCUCGGAGAUGGCGGAGGAGACCUACUCGCCCAAGGUGAUCCGGACCAAGCACGGGCGCCUCUCCGAGCUCAAGGCCGAGGCCCUGAAGAAGGACCGCAGGAAGAAGCUGACCUUGUCGAAGUUCGUCGGCGGGGCGGAGAACACGGCGCAUCCCCGGGUCGCCGUCCCCGAGCUGAGGCAAGAGUUCGAGCUGGGCCCUUGCCGCAGGCAGAUGGAGGCCUCGCUGCAGGAGAUCAAAACCAGCGAACGGAUGAUCCCCCGAGCCGUUCACCUUCCCAACUGCGACCGGAAGGGAUUCUACAAGAGGAAACAGUGCAAACCGUCCCGGGGGCGGAAGCGCGGGCUGUGCUGGUGCGUGGACAAGUAUGGACUGAAGCUGCCGGGGACCAAUUACGUGGCGGGCGACCUGCAGUGUCACAGCUUCGACAGCGGCGUCACCGAGUGAAGGGCCUGCGCCGUCCCCCCGCCCCCUGCCCCCACGCCUCCCCACGCCCCGGGACUCCGAAUCCUUUCAUCUCAUUUCGAAAAACGGAAGAAACUGAGGACCUCGGAAUCUGCAGCCCGUCCUCGCCUGCGUGGCGGCGGCGGCUAAAGGAGAAGAGGAAAGCAGAAGUCAAACCGGCACCGCCUUCCCAGUACAGACUCCCCCAAAUGCUCUCGACUCCCCAUGCAGGGACGCAGCCAGCGCCAAAGUAGGCAUCGACUUGGGGGCUUUUCUAUUGUGGGUUUGGUUUGGUUUGUUGAUACGGGGGGGGGGGGUGUCUUUUUUUUGUUUGUUUUGGUUUUUAGACUAGCCAGCAACUUUCUAAACGGUCUCCAGCGAAACCAGACAAAGCCCCACGAUGAGGCCCACGUCCACCGCUCAGCCCUUGCGUUGGAGUGGCUUGUUCGGCACUGCCAGAGCUAAUAUUGAUCCUCCACUGGCGCCAAAAGCCCUUUGAUUGAUAUCUCCGUAGAGAUAGAUGCACAGCUUUCUGGGCGUUCGGUGUCUGGAACAUUGUUGUAAACGGGUUUGCAUUUCUUUAGGAAACGAGUCAGGGGGUAACAGCUCCUGCUGGCAAAAGAUAGUGGUGGCUCCUUUAAAAAAAAAAAAAAAAAAAAAAGCAACAGCCAAAAGAUAACCAAUCACCUUUCAGCUCCGUGGGGGUCGUUGUCCCUGAGCAGUGUCAGGAAUCUUAUUUCCUGUCAAGUGAAAUCCUUUGAAAUGUUGUUGGCCAUCGGUGUUGUGUGUGUACCUGCGGCUCUAUUUCCGCUUUGCAAAACUGGCUCCAAUCCUGCAGUCACAUGUGCUUAACUUUACGCACAUGAGAAGUCCUGACAUUGGCCGCUGUCGGCAGACAGGAUACUGGGCUAGAUGGACCUUUGGUCUGACCCAGUCUGGCCGCUCUUAUGUCCUGUAGACAUGAAUGGGCCUUUUCCCAUGCUUAAAAUCCUGCACGAGGUCAAGGGUUUGGAAAAUCAGCGUCCGAAUUCAGGCAGAAGGACUCCGCCCCCCUCCACACACACACACACACAAUCCUGCAAACAAUUUAGCAUGUGUCUAACUUUACUCACCGGUGCAGUCCCACAGACAGCUGUGCUUAAAUGGCUUUGGGAUCGGGCUCAAAAAUCUUUACCACCCUCUGCCAUGAUGGGAAAAAUGAAUGAUAUUGUCCUUGCCCAUCAAAAGAAUCAUUUGCCCAAAUGCAAACCUCUCUCUUCUUCUGUUGCAAUGGUAAAAUACCAAUGUCAAGUCUCUCCCCCUGCAAUGAGCUCCAUAGACGCCUAGGCCCCGGCAGAGUUUAUUGCGGGAUUGGUGCCGUAACUUGGCCAGGACUGUUUGGCCAGCUCCUCGGCUGUUGUUACUCACACCACGGAAGCCACUGAUCUGACCAGCUCAAGCGGCAUCUUCAGGCGUGGCCAGAUCGCUGCAGCCUUUGGACUUGUGUAUUUUUUAACUCUUGGGACCGUUUUCCCCCCCACACACACUUUCCCCACGACAAGGGUCUUUGUUAAGGUCGCUCCCAACGAGACUCCGCAGCAAAGAGGACGAGGCGUUUGGCUGACUCCCUGCUUUGGCGAACUACCGGUGCUCAAGCUGUUGCUACCCAUUGCUACGUCGCUGAGUGUGCGGACGCGCCCCCCGAAAGAACUAGCCCCCGCCCCAUCCUGGCAGAGGCUACGACUGGCCCAGGCAGCGUGCUAAUUAGAGAUACGAAAAGCGCGCCGGUUUCUUCCCUGUGCCAGCCGGGACGGGCCCUGCUGCAGUCUGAUCCUCAGAAAAGCCAGAGCGACGCCCACAACACGCUAGCGCAGAUCAAAGGGAACCAAGGAAUCUCCCCGAGCUAGACUGGCCACUGUGUGACCGGGACUUGUGGGGUUUCUUCCUCGACCUUCCCAGAGGAGCAUGAGCCUGGCGCUGCGGGGGCUGGGCAGUGCCUCCCUCCCCCGCCGGGCUUUGGGCAGUGGUGGGGGGAGGGGUUACCCCACUGGUUUUGCUGCGCGGAGCAGAGGGUUUUGCCCCAUGGGAGACUGGCAGGGAGUCUGUGUGUGCCAGCGUCCCCUGUCUGUGCUGUGCCGCCGGGCUCCCAACACCAGAGCAGGCCGUGCUCACGGAGCCUGAUUCUCAGUUCCCCAGGCACGUGCUCAGGGCAGCGGGCGCCUUGUAUUCUGGGGCUGGGCAGCCCCCAGGGUCAGGUAGGGCAGCCUCAGGGCUGCUCUGGCCCUAGUGCAGUGUGCUCUGGCCACCCUUCCUCCCACGGCCAGCCGGAGACACAGCGCCUAGCAUUGUGUAACCGGGAACCAGGCCCACAGAACAGGCCCUGGCGCGGGAAGCGGAGACUUAGGCUGAGAAACUAGCAGUGAUUUGAGAGCAGAAACCGCCUCAAACGCCUUUCUCCUAUCACCAGGUGGCGCCAUUUCCCAGGGCAAGGCUGGCUGCGCAGGUCCGUGGGUCUCGCCAUGUGAGAUGUGUCCCCUCUCUGCCCACCCACGGCCUGGUUCUCAGGACAGUCCAUGGACUCCCCUCCACACACACACACACACCAGCCCUAGCUCUAGUGCAGGGAGGUGCAGAAAGCUCACAACACUUUUCCCUUGCCCUGCUAGCCAAAUGCGUGCGGGGAAUGCAGGGCCACCCCCAGGGUACUCAGUGGAGUUACAGGAGGCCUGGAUUUAUUCCACGCAUGGCCACGGAUAGCACAUCCAUUGGGACCCACCCCCCACUCCCACCCCAGGAAGCAUCAAAACCCGGCCACCCAGCAGCCCUGGGCAUCUCUCCAGCUUGUCCUGGAAGCUUUGGGCUACUUGAAGGGACAGAUGAGCACAUACUGCUGCGGCCGAGUCCGGCUGGGGAGCCCAAACAGGUCAACGUUCAACGGCGUUUGGCGUUGGUGGGCUGGGUCAGUCCAUUGGAAAUGGAAAGAUGUUUGCCAAAGUCACCCCUAUAUCCUGGUCCGGCUCUGCUCCCCGCCCCCAGGAGCAGACCCGGGGUGAUCCCACUUUGCUCUGGAGGUCACUGUGUGCAUUAGAGGCGAGCCACAGCCUUGGAGAAUGGGGUAGCUGGCAGAGAAGAGAGCACAGGGGCCAUGUACACCCCAAAGGAGGACGUACGGCGCUAGCAAAGCUCUCGCACGGGGAGGCAGUGCCCCCAUCAGCCUGGCUUGGCCAGUCCCUCUGCCACGCGCCCUCCCCAAGUGACCCCGAGUCCUGACUCUUUUAGGCCAGUACCCACCUUCCUCCCUUCUUGCGCGCUCUCGCCCUUGCUUGUUUGUUUGUCUUGCUGUGGGUUUAGUCCCCGAAACUUGAAAGCUGCGAAAGCAGGGCCAGGCUGUGGUCUCGCCGUGUCUGCACUCAGCUACGGAUGGCAGCUACUGGCUGCGGGGGGUGGGGCGGGGUAGGGAGGUGUCACCUCCUAACUGUUUCUUAUAGCUCGCACCCUGAGACCUUUUAUUGAAAAGUUGAUGGGGCAAAGGUGAGUCUAAAUUUGACUCUCGGCUACCCCAGGGUCAAGGCCCAAGCCUUGCAGUCAGUAGCACGGCUCCCAUUGCUUUUACCGGGGGGAGAACUUGGUCCUCACUUCUGUGCUCUCAGUGGCGUUUACAGUGGGGGGGGGGAGAGAAAAGGCUCCAUUGGGAUCCCCCCAGUGUACACAACGUGGGGAAAGGGGGGGGAACU